UUGGGCACUCCAAGGGAGUUCAUGACAGGAUUUUUUUCAUCACGACCUGCGACGUGUGGAAUCUUAACUCCCCGACCAGGGAUCAAACCCGGGCCCUCGAAAGUGAAAGCAAAAUGGAAGAAGAGUCAUGAACGCACCUCGUUCACACACACACAGUAUAAGGAGUUGGAGGCUCUGUUUAGCUGCAACAUGUUUCCAGAUAAAAACCUCCAGAGAGAACUUGCUUUAAAACUCAAUCUACCGGAAUCAACAGUAAAGAUUUGGUUCAGGAACCGGCGGUUCAAAAUGAAGAAGCAGCAGCAGCAGCAAGAGCAGCAAUCACCAAAGCCACCAAGCCAGGUCCUUCCAGCCAAGGAUGUGCCCACAGCAUCAACCAGCCCUCAUUCUUUUCUCCUUGCAGUUUCAGAUUCCUAUAACUCCCUCUCACCUCAGUCCUUAGACCCUUCCCCCUGGGCAGGGGACUCUAUGAUCAUGGAGAUUCCUACAAGUGAUGUCCAAAUGCAAGAUCCUCAAUUGGAGAGGCUAGUGGCCUCAGUUCCUGCUUUGUACUCUGAUGCAUUUGAUAUCACCCAAAUCAUGGAACUGUACAGUUUUCCCGAUGAGGAUGACAUCACCAACUCUUCCUUCUAUUCUCUGUAUCAGUAUCUCUCACCGACAAGGCCCAGUUAGAAGAAUUCUUCUCUUAGAGUCUUUGCUGAUCCAGGUGUAGGUUUAUUUCCUGGGCAGACCUGCUUCAGUGUGACAAGCUGGAGCUUUGCAGUCUAUAGUGCACAGGACAGCCUGGAAUUCCAGAACCCCUCCAUUAUGGUGCACUUUGGGUUUCUCUGAUCCAAGUACUAAUAAACAUCAGAUAGUAUAGAAAAA